GGGAGCUGCUGAUGGAGUUGGCGGUGUCCUGAAAAGAACAGCUGACAACUUAGUAUCAAAAGGAGUAGAUAUACCUACUGUACCUGUUUUGGUACAACAGUUGAGUCUACACUGCCCUGGAGUAAAAGUGAUAUAUGUUACUCAUGAGGAGGUUUUGGAGUGCGAUAAUCUUCAACUUACAUUACCCAAGUUUAAAGGGACCAUCAAAACUCAUGAAAUCUGUUGGGCAGAAGCUAAUAAAAACCUGAUCCAAGUAAGAAGUCUUACAUGUAUGUUAUGUGCUCCAAACCAAAAAUGUAAACAUUUCCAUAUUGGACAGAUAAACUUGCAACACUCUCAAGGACAAAAUACCAAAACCUCGACUGCUUCAAGUUCUACACACUGUAUCCUUUUUACAGCAAAAUUCUCUAGAAUACUACUAUUUUUUACAGAGUAGGCUUAACCAAUUUACAAAAAUAGUAUUAAAAUUUAAGACUGACAUACCAAAUCUACACUGUGGGUUUCUUAAACUGUAUAGUUCUAAAAUUGGAUUGCCUAGGAACAGUUGUUAAAGAUCUUACACUAUUUUCCUUAACUAAUGAAUUUUAGGUGGUAAGACCAAAACUUCCAUGGACAAACUGAAAAAUAGGAACAACUCUUCAUUCAAGACCUCGACUGCUACACACUGUGGUGAGACUUUCAAGAACCCUGAAGAUGGGGAUUGGCUCCUAGUAAAAUUUCCUGGGAAGCGCAGCAUCAAGUACUACAUUGCUAUUGUGGAGCAGAUCAUUGAGACUGAAGGAAUUUUUGUUCGGUGUGGAAGAAAUAUCGGUGACAAUGUUUUUAAGUGGCCCGAACCUGAGGACAAAUGUUUAAUAGACUAUGACCAAAUUGAGAAAAGAUUAAAGCCACCUUCAUUCAACUAUAAAAAUGACAGACUUGUUUCAUUUAAAUUUGAACAUAAAUUUGAUGACUAUCUUAUUUUGUAAAAUUAUGUUUAGUACACACACUUACGGUACAUUUUGAUGUUGUACCAGACACUAUUCUACCUAAGAUUUACCAAAUAAUAAACAAACUAACUCAUUGUU